AUGGUUUUCAUAAAAACAAUCGUAGAGGGAAAAAUCCCAGUAAAAGCAUUAAUCGAUACAACAUCUAAAUCCAAUACUAUUAGCAAUCGCUUGUAUAAUAAGCUUGAAGAAGAUUAUGGGUUAGAAGGUAUAUCCGGUGAUGAUUUGAUAGGCAAAGAAAUAAAAUGCUUAGAUUUGCAAUUUCGGUAUAAAGGAAAGUGGCGAAGCUUAGAUGGUACCGAAGUAAUAGAUUUUCAAAUUCGCAAAAAUCCAUCAUUUGAUCUGGUGUUAGGACGGGAUUGGUUAUGGAUGCGCGAAGCAAAAAUUAGCUUUGGAUCUUCUCUGGAAAAUUGUACGCGCUAUGCUAAAAUUGAGAUAGAUGGUAUGAGUAUCCCAUUAAUCGAAGAAGAUAGCAGGCCCACAGGCGACUCUUCGACUCAUAAAACCAGCUCUACUAAAAAUAACUCAUCUUUUGCAAAGCAAUGGGAGUUUGUCCCUAAUUCAACAGAGUCUAAACCUGGUCUAGCUCAAGAGGGAGUUAUGAAUAUAAUUAACAAAAUUCUCUCAAAUAUCGAAGAUAAUGUUUCCAAAAAUAGCAGUACUAGCAAUAAAAAUAGGGUCAAAUAUUCCACGGAUUUUGAUACUUCUUCCAAUUCAGAUAUUUCAGACUCAAGUGAUUCUUCGUUGUCUAGAUUGCGAUCAGAGGUUGCAAAUAUGCAUAAGACUGCAUCUGCAAAGAAACAUCCUAUUAAGCGAAGAUGUUGCAAAGUAAAAAGAAAAUCUAAUCAAUUAUAA